AGACCAUCUGUGGAGAGCACUGUCAGCUUAAGGCACCAACCUCUCUAUACUAAAGCCUGAUACACUUCUUUCACCUUUACCCCAACAUCUCCAGACAAGAUGUUCACCCCCCUAGCCCUCCGCCUUCCGUCUACCUUGGGCCGUGCUGCCGCCAGGGUUUCUCUCCGCCUCCCAGCCCAGGCUCGUCUCCUGAGCAGGCUGACGGUGAACGGCAGCAAGGGCAGAGCUAUGCCUGCUACCAACACGAGGGCCACUGCCGCUGCGCCUGGCGUUGAGGCCACCUUUACCAUCAGGGAUGGCCCUGUGUUUCACGGCAAGGCUUUCGGCGCCAACUCCAACAUUUCCGGCGAGGCUGUCUUCACCACCUCGCUCGUGGGGUAUCCCGAGUCCAUGACGGACCCCUCGUACCGUGGCCAGAUCCUGGUCUUCACCCAGCCCCUCAUUGGCAACUACGGUGUGCCCUCGAAUGAGCGCGACGAGUACAACCUGCUCAAGUACUUUGAGUCCCCCCACAUUCAGUGCGCCGGUGUUGUCGUUGCCGACGUGGCCGAGAGAUACAGCCACUGGACGGCUGUUGAGAGCCUGGGCGAGUGGUGCGCUCGUGAGGGCGUGCCCCUCAUUUCUGGCGUGGAUACCCGCGCGAUUGUCACAUACCUGCGUGAGCAGGGGUCUUCGCUCGCCAGGAUCUCGAUCGGCGACGAGUACGAUGCCGACGAGGACGAGGGCUUUGUUGACCCCGGUGCCAUCAACCUGGUCAAGCGUGUGAGCACUAAGGCUCCGUUCGUCGUUGCUAACCCCAACGCGAACUUCCACGUUGCUCUGAUCGACUGCGGCGUCAAGGAGAACAUCCUGCGCAGCUUGGUCAGCCGUGGUGCCUCGGUCACCGUGUUCCCCUACAAUUACCCCAUCCACAAGGUUGCCGACAACUUUGAUGGAAUCUUCAUCUCCAACGGUCCAGGUGACCCGACUCACUGCCAGGAGACCGUCUACAACCUGGCCCGUCUCAUGGAGACGUCGUCGGUCCCUAUCAUGGGUAUCUGUCUCGGCCACCAGCUCCUCGCCCUGGCCGUUGGCGCGCAGACUAUCAAGCUCAAAUACGGCAACCGCGCCCACAACAUCCCCGCCCUCGACCUGACCACUGGCCAGUGCCACAUCACCAGCCAGAACCAUGGCUACGCCGUCGAUGCCAGCACCCUGCCCAGCGAAUUCAAGGAAUACUUUGUGAACCUCAACGACGGCAGCAACGAGGGCAUGAUGCACAAGACCCGUCCCAUCUUCUCGACCCAGUUCCACCCCGAGGCCAAAGGUGGUCCGAUGGACAGCGCCUACCUGUUCGACAAGUACCUGGAGAACGUCCAGAUGUACAAGAACAGCGCAAAGGUCUAUCGUGACAACAGGCCGUCGCAGCUGAUGAUUGACAUCCUCAGCAAGGAGCGCGUCGGUGUCGAGCCCUCGCCUCUGGCUGCAAACGCUUGAGCUUUUUGGUCCUGGUUCCGUGGCAUGGCUUGGUUUUCGGGUUUCUAGGGUAGCGUUGCUUUUUCAUUUGGUGGUUUCGUAAGGUUUAUAAUUGGAGUAUGGGCGGGCCUUGGGUCGUCUGGAUGAAUCGUUAUUGGGUGGACAUGUCUCCAGACCCUCAGAUACAUCGUGAAAAAGUACUUUGUUCUGCGUCCU